CUUUGUUUGAGUCAGUGUUCGUGCGUGUAUGUGUGUGUGUGUAUGUGUAUGUGCGGCGUAAACAUUGAAAAAAUCGGACCGUUCACUCAGCAACGGAGCCAUAGCAAGAACGCGGCGACGGCGGCGGCGGCAUCACCACCAGCACCAUCGACAUCAUCACCACCACCACCACCACCAUCAUCAUCAUCACUGCCACCACCAUCCAUCGAUUGUGGACUGUGACAACGAAAGAAAUUAUCAUCAGCCAGCCGUCACCACAGCACCAAUAUUAGUGCUUUUACGCCGAUGACGAGCGCUAGCCGCAAUACGCUAGGCAACGAAUGGCAAUAGCGGCAGCGACAGCAUCAAAUACAACGGUAACCCGAGACAACGACGUGCGUGCGUGCAUGCGUGCGUGCGUGUAUGUGUGUGUUUGCUGUACUGUGGAUUAAUGAUUAACACAUACGUCGAAUGCAGUGGAUCGUGACCCGUCGCGGCUUGGCCGACUUCGUUCCGUGAGUCCGCAAGUUCGACCGACUUCUUCAGCAGAGUCUUUUGCGCCGCCAAUUGGUACCAGUUGCCUUUCGAUUGUUUGUGAUGACUACUAGUUUCAUCGACGACGCUCGCGUUCUAUUGCCUCCUUUGGAAUUCUCAACUGUUUUCGACAAACUCGUCUUAAAACAACAGGAACAACGACUUCUGUAGAGAUAGUAACGACACAAUACAAUAACAUCUGUAACCAGAAGGAAAAAGAAAAUUUUUCUUUUUCGAGUUGAAGUUCCGGUACAAGCUGUUUUGAAGUAGGAACAUUUGUCCGACUUUUCGAUUCGGUCCCUUCGAGCUGCGACAAUACGAACUCCGCUAGUAACCUUCUGACCCGCUGGAGUAAUUCACCGUUUUGCUACUUCGUCGUCGUCGUCGUCGUCGUCGUCAUCACCACCAUCAUCUGCAGUGUUGUUGUUGUUGUUGUUGGUAAUGUGUUGCAAGUGGUGAAAGGAAAACAGUAAUGUGAUAGAGGCGGGCCAUUUGCUGGGUGCCAAUCGCUGAGACAAAAUUGUGUUGCGUGAGUUCAGACUUCUUCUAAUAAUAAUCGUACAUAGAAACGGAUUUAUUAGCAAAAAUAACCAGCGAACGGUUCCAUAAGAGGAAGCGACGACUCCGAAAGGGUUUUCUCGAGGAACCUGUAUGAAAUCAAGGCAUCUCAGCAUUAUAAUAGUGCAACACGUCAUGAGAUUGAUUUGUGUGUUAUACGAGAUUAUCUCUCAUGAGGGAUCGGAAUCGGAUCGAGUAAGUGAACCAAAGUGAUGAAUCUUAUUGAAUUAUGGUGAAUUGGGUUGAAGUGCUGUAAUGAACCCGUUGAGUAAACGCGGCAAAAUCGCGAAACUUCGAAAACGAUAGGAGUAGUUCGAGACGAAGCAAUCGACGACGAAUAAGCGGAACGACCUUAGUUCAACGUCACUAUUGGACAGACAGCAAACUACAGCAGCGGCAGUCGCGGAAGAGGCAGAAAAGGGCGCGUCAAUGCUUUCCCGCGCCUGAGUCCAUCCAACCUCCCCAGCUCCGUCGAUCGAUUUCAGAAUUCAUUCGCUUGCCAGAGUCGGGGACGCAAGGCUCGCGUUGGUGGGUACUUUGUCACCAAAUUACCGGCGUGAGUAGCGUUUACCUAGAUUGGCAACAAUGAGUAGUGACACGCAGAGUGUCGCUUUUGAUGCUCACCCUCUGUCAUUGUCGGGUCCUAACACGCUGCCGUCGAUGACUUCAAUGACAUCGAUGAGCUCGACCGACACAUGGCUCGGCUUCACAUCAGGGGACUUCUCCUCGUUCGGUGGUUCGUUCCCAGGCGGCUACGGCAGCUUCGAGUCAAAAGCGUUUGGCGCCUUUCCGCCACUGCAAUCGAACCAGGCAGUACCGGUGAACGUAUCGGCGAUGGAGCGCACAUCGGUGACGCGCGCCGAAGUCGACUCAACCGGAGAUUCGAAGGGGCCGUCUACGCCUGCAUCAGCCGCCUCCGCCUCUGGCGGUGAAGAACGCGUCUCUUCCGACAGUUCUCCACCUACUAGUACAGCGUCUUCGAACAACAACAGCAUUAGUACAAGCAACAGUGCUACAUCAUCUAACAAUAGCCAGACAGCACCAACAACUCAAGUUAAUUCGAGCGCAAACUCAAAUGCCGGAUACCGCCCCUGGGAGCAGGCCGCUGAGCCUUCGCCCUUUGCAGAGGAGAAGAACUCCAGCAGCAACAACAACCCUCCAGCGACAAAGAAUCCCUCCGCUAAUCCCAGCGAUCCCAGUCCUACCGCCCCGUCCACUGAAUCAUUCCACGGCCCCAGUCCAUCAGAAGAUAGCAGCUCGGCUGACCAGCGGCCGCCAAGCGGCUUCAAGGCGUCACCACCUGCAGCUUCACCAUUUGGCUCGGAGGGAAGUGGCGCUGCGUUCCGCAGCUCCACGGCUGAGGCUGAUACGACGACCACGGAGCUGCGACCAGUGGUACCCGAUUUCCAGGUUGCCGCGAUCACCUCGUCCACGUCUAAUUCGGGCAGUUCGUCCGGUGGAAUCAGCCGGCCACCUUCGCAGAUGCAACCCAGCCCCGCUCAACAGUUGGCCCCACUCGAACCACUGCAACCCGUCCAACCGCUGCAGCCAACGUUUCAGUCACUCCAGCCAUUACAGCCAUUUCAGAACUUGCAACCCCUGCAGCCGGCGACGUUAACUCCGCUGCAGCAGCUGCAAGUUCCUAGCACGAUGGGGCCUGGUGGCUUAGGGGGUGUCGGAGCACACGGACCACCAAGUAGUAUGGCGGCGGCGGCAGCAGCAGCAGCGGCGGCUGGGCCAAUGGGUGCUGGGGUGCCGACGAUGAGCCAGCUGUCAAUGCCGAUGCAUGCCGGAGUGGCCGGAGUGUCGAUGCAGGUGUCGCAGGGCUGGAGCCAGGAACUCGCCUCACCACAAGCUGUGCCCGUCUCAAUGCCACCGAUGUCCGGUUCGAUGUCGAUGCAGCUGGGGCAGCUUUCCGGUCAGCACCUGCUCCUGCAGCAGCACCAUCCGGCCCACUCGCAGCACUCGCCCGGCCAGAACCACAGUCUCAGUCAAUCGAGUUCGCUGCGCCAGCUCAGCACGCCGCCCACGCCCACACAGAUGGUGCCCCCUUCCAGCCCACCCGGUCUCACUACCGAUGGACCCGGAACACCUUCACUUGAACAACAACGCGGAGGACAUCAGAAGAAAAAACGCAAAAGGUGCGGCGAAUGUCCAGGCUGCCUGAAGAAGGACAACUGUGGAGAGUGUGGGCCGUGCCGGAGCGUUCGGUCCCAUCAGAUCUGCAAGAUGCGCCGCUGUGACACGUUGGUUAAGACCAAAAAGGACAAG